AUGAGCCACCGCCGCCGCCGGCCCUCCUCGCCGCCGCCGGUACGGGCGCAUCCGCUGGAAGACGAUGACCUCCUCCACGAGAUCUUGCUCCGCCUCCCGCCACAGCCGACAUAUCUCCUGCGCGCGUCCAUUGUCUCCAAGCGCUGGCGACGCCUCGCCAAAGAUCCAAAGUUCCUCAGUCGCUACCGCAUCCACCACCGGAAGCCUCCCCUCCUUGGCCACUUCUCUUAUGAAGGAGGAAGAUUCUCCUUCAGAUCCUGCCUCGACCCGCCCUACCGCAUCCCUCCCGAGCGCUUCUCCCUGCCACCCAGCAGCCUCGAGGUACGGCCGUGCCUCGACUGCCGCCACGGACGCGUAUUCUUCGACGACUACUUGCAGAGUCGGGUCAUUGUGUGGGACCCUAUCACCAACGACCGCCGCGUCAUAGCCCAUCCGCCGCAGUUCCGCGACUCCGGGAUUGAGCAAAUCCACAGUGGGGCGGUGCUCUGCGCCGCCGGCGACCAGGGCCACGUGCAUGGCGCCUGUCACUCGAGCCCUUUCAAACUGGUCGGGCUGAGCGCUUACCACCGCAAUGAUGUAGCCAUCAUCUUCGCAAGUGUCUACUCUUCGGACACUGGCAUAUGGAGCGAUCUCGUACCAACAACCCUUCCGUGGAGGGGUAUAAGAUUUUCCACGAAAAGCGCACUUGUUGGUAACACCCUUCACUGGCUGCUUGCGAUGGAUACAAUACUUGAGUUUGAUUUGGACACACGGAUGCUAGCUGUGACCAAGACACCUCCUGGUGCUCCUCCUCGCCAUGACAAUGUUCAGAUCAUCCAGUCACAGGAUGGCGGUGUUGGCUUUGCUGCAUUGUCUGGCUCUCGCUACCAGCCCUACUUGCAAAUGUGGGACAGGAAGGUCGAUUCUCAUGGAGCUGUCACAUGGGUGCUGCAGAAGACUCUUGAACUGCAGAAGAUUCUUGGAUUGGAGUCUAGGAUUGACAAGGACAAAUCAUCUAUACUGCACUAUCUGGAUGAUGUUCAGGCAAUCUUUUUGCGGGUGCAGUCAUCUCUCUACAUGGUUGACCUUGAAUCAAUGCAGUCUAAGGAACUUUCCAAAGGCAUCAGCAAUUUCAUCUAUCGUCCUUUCACAAGUUUCUUCACUGAAGGUAUCUUACAAUAGUCUGAAGCAGAAAUAGCUUUACUGGUGUACUUCAACCUGGAAUGCUGGCCCUUGGAGUAUGGCAUGACCAUUUAUUUUUGUUGUGAACUCAAGACAUGACUUGUAGAAACUAUCUAAUGUGCACACUCUGGUGUUAUUUUCAGCUAUCUAAUAUGUAGUGAACUCUGAAAUGCU